GAUAGCACGUUCUCCGAAUGCAAGCUAACAACACUUUGCUAGCAACAGAUGUUAAGGAUCAGGCCUAUUCGCGAUACUGAUAUCGGCUUGAAUAGUUGACACGUGUCCGUCGAAGCUAAAGGUAUUAUUUGAGUGACAAUAGAACAAAACUUGCAAUAAUCAAUAUGUCACUACCAAAUAGACAAUCAAAGUGCACAUGGAAGGCUAACGAAGGAAAUUCACCACAUAUGAGAAGAACAGAGAUACCAGAUCGUAAGAAGAUAUUGCCUAAUAUUUUAGACACAAUAGGUCAGACGCCUCUUAUUCGACUUAACCGCAUUCCUAAAUCGUACGGGAUUAAGUGUAAAAUAUAUGUAAAGUGUGAAUUCUUCAAUCCUGGGGGCUCCGUUAAAGAUCGAAUAGCACACAGAAUGAUUGAAGAUGCGGAAGAAGAGGGACUGAUAAAGCCAGGGUAUACAUUGAUCGAACCAACCAGCGGCAAUACCGGAAUCGGCCUGGCAAUGGCUGCAGCAGUUAAAGGCUACAAAUGCAUUAUCGUGAUGCCACAGAAAAUGUCGAACGAAAAAGUCUCUGUAUUACGCGCUCUUGGUGCGCAAAUAGUGAGAACGCCGACCGAAGCACAUUGGAGCAGUGAAGAAAGUCAUAUCAGUGUCGCUCAGAAAUUAUGCAAGGAGACACCCAAUAGUAUAAUCUUGGAUCAGUACACCAACGCUGGAAAUCCCUUAGCCCAUUAUGACGGGACUGCGACAGAAAUUUUCGAGCAGUGUGACGGAAAGGUGGACUAUGUGGUGGUCGGCGCUGGCACUGGUGGAACAAUAACCGGAAUCGGACGUAAACUGAAGGAACUGUUGCCCAGUGUAGAAAUCAUCGGCGUAGAUCCUAAAGGCAGUAUUUUGGCGCUUCCAGAGGAAUUAAAUGAGAGUGACGUGGACUUUUAUGAAGUAGAGGGAAUUGGAUACGACUUCAUACCCACGGUUUUAAGUCGUGACGUAGUUGACAAAUGGUUGAAAUCGGAGGACCACGAAUCACUGAACGCGGCGCGAGAAUUAAUUAGUCAGGAAGGACUAUUGUGCGGUGCCAGUAGCGGUGCAGCGCUUUCGGCUGCCUUAAAGAUCGCCAAGGAUUUACCCGCUGAUAAACGUAUGGUUGUUCUUUUACCAGAUGGCGUACGCAAUUAUAUGACCAAAUUUGUAUCGGACCAGUGGAUGAAGGAAAGGAACUUUUUGCCGUCAGAACCUCCUUCAAUAGAGCAAGAGUGGUGGUGGAAUUUACCAGUAUCGAAAUUAACGUUAACUAAAGUUGUGCUUCCGAAGGAGAUUACAUGCCAUAAGGCUGUGGAAGUUUUUUCGCAAAACAAUAUACAAUUAAUGUUGGUAACCAAUGACGAUACACAGAAGCACGUGGUAGGUGUUAUUUCGUCGGACGUGCUUCUGUCCAAGUUGAUCUCAGGUGAGGCACUUCGCACAGAUCUAGCCGAAAAAGUUAUGAAUAAGGAGUUUAAAAAGGUCUCAACCUCGUCGACUCUGGGCAAGCUAUUUCACAUUCUCGAAACUAAUUCUUAUGUAGUUGUAGUAGAGGACGACAAUGUAUUAGUCGGACUUGCCGUUCUAAGUAACAUUUACAAGUUCAUAACUAGCUCAGAACUAGCUCAGUUGUGAAUUGACAACGUAGAAAAUGGCAUUAUGUAAAAUAUGUCCAUCUUGGCAUGUUCGAUCAAAAGAAAAAUUGCAUGUAUCUUGAUAUGAAAGAAACUAAAUGUUCGUGGAUCAUUGAUUUGAAUCUAUAAUUAAGAAUCUACCUAAGGAAUAGUACGAUUUUAAUCUAUUUCUCUAAUGUAUGUAGCUUUUUCUAAUCUAUCCUACAACACUUACAUAUUUUUAAGUACCUAAGUUUUACUUUUAAGCAAUAUAAUAAUUUACAAUGUAAGAGUAGGAGUGGAGAGAAGAUGCAUUCCAGAUAAAACCGUUACAAAUAAAAUACAUAUAGGAUAAGGGAAUUUAUAGUUUGCAAUAAAUAUAUUAGUUACGAGA